CCAUAUGAAAGGUCCAUCUCCAUUCCUCAAUAUAUGAAGUUUUUAGCUGUUCUUCAAUUUGUGCCAUUCUCAAAUUUUCUUUUUUCAACAGAUGGACACUGUGUUUGGAAGAAUACCUUGGAGGGAGAUUUUAUUAAAUGUCCAGAUUAUAAUGUAAAAGAUAAUGACUCCGCACACAAUUCUCCAGGAAUUACUCAAAUUACACAACAAAGACCUUAUCAUUUGGAGGGAUCAAUGGAUCACUCUUUUCCUGAGAAAUAUUCUGAUCAAUUGCAAACUAUGACUUCAAUUAUUUACCAGAGUUCCCACAGUACCGAGAGAUUAACAGAUCCAUCAAAUCCCAAGGAAUCUUCUUUAAGGUAUAAAGGAGUCCUCACAGACAAGAGAUCGUUUUCAUGUUUAGAGUGCGGGAAAUGUUUCACUGAAAACAGAGCACUCCUUAUACACCAGAGAAGUCACACGGGUGAGCGCCCCUAUGCAUGCUUGGAGUGCGGGAAAUCUUUUGUUUAUAAUACAAACCUUCUUGUGCACCAGAGAAUUCACACCGGGGAGCGUCCCUUUUCCUGCUCAGAGUGCGGGAAGUCUUUCACUGAGAAAAGCAUACUGCUUACACACCAGAGAAGUCACACAGGUGAGCGUCCUUUCCCUUGUUUAGAGUGCGGGAAAGGUUUCCUUCAAAAAGGAGACCUUCGUAGACACCAGAGAAGUCACACGGGUGAGCGUCCGUAUUCGUGUUCAGAUUGCGGGAAAUGUUACUCUCGGAUAACAGAACUCCGUACCCAUCAGAGAAUUCACACAGGUGAAUAUCCUUUUUUAUGCUCAGAUUGCGGGAAGCGUUUCUCUAGGAAAGCAAGCUUUCUUUCACACCAGAGAGUUCACUCAGGGGAGCGACCAUUUUCAUGUUCACAGUGCGGGAAGAGUUUUACAGAGAGAGAAAAACUUCGUAGACACCAGAAAAUUCACGUGGCUGAGCGUCCUUUUUCAUGCUCUGACUGUGGGAAAGGUUUCAUUGAGAAAGCAAAAUUUCUUGCACACCAGAGAAGACACGUGGGUGAGCGUCCUUUUUUAUGUCCGGAGUGCGGGAAAUCAUUUUUUGAAAAAAGAAGCCUUCUUUAUCACCAGAGAACUCACACCCGUGAGGGCCCUGUGUAUGUUGGGAGUGUGGGAAAUGUUUUACAUAUAAAGGAAGAUUAUAAAGUAGUGAAGAAAACAUCUGGGGAUCCAUUAACACCCAGCAGCCGUCUUCACAGGACAUCACCCAUCACAGCUCCUCCACCUCACUGCCUGACAACAGAGGUAACUAGUACCAAGAUUCUAGAAGUCACCAACAAGAUCAUUGGUCUGCUGACAGGAGAGUAUUCCUGGGAUUCCACACAAGAAGGUCACACCAUUCCUCACCAUCAUCAGGAUGUAAAACUGACAGAUAGCAAAUUUAAGGUAGAAGAGGAAGAAGAAGGGACAAUGGUGAGUGGAGCUCAGCAGUCUGUAGAAGGGCAGGAGAUGAUUAUGAGAUAUCCCUGUCCUCUGUAUUCCCGGGAUUCCCCACAUGAAGAUAACACCAUCCUUCACCAUCAUCAGGUUGUAGAACUGAAGGACAUCAAAGUUGAGAUUAAAGAGGAAGAAGAAGAGACGUUGAUGAGUGGAGAUCAGCAGUCUAUGGAGGAGGGGGAGAUGAUUAUGAAAAGUAAACAGGAGGAAUCUUCUCUACAUAUGGACACAAAUGUAAAUAUCUCAGACGGACAUCCCAUGAUAUCUCCAGAUUAUAAUGCGGACGAUAAUGACAUUGCUCAAUAUUCUUCAGAAGUAAAGUCCACUUCUCCAGUUACAUAUCACAGACCUUCUAGAAUGGUGAAACCAACGGAUUCCUCUAUUCUUGAGGAAUCUUCUAAUACGAAUUCAGAUCACAAUCUCCAAUCCCAGAGUAUCGAUAGACCAACAGAUCCGACUAAUCCCAAGAAAUCUUCUGUUGGCCACGAUGGAGUUCACACAGGAAAGCGUUCAAUGUCCUGCCCGGUGUGUGGGAAAUCUUUUAGUGACAACAGAAACCUUCUUAGACACCAGAGAAGCCACACAGGAGAGCGUCCCUAUUCUUGUUCACAGUGCGGAAAAUGUUUCAUUCACAAAGCAGACCUUCUUAGACACCAGAGAAUUCACACGGGCGAACGUCCUUUCUUAUGCUCAGAGUGCGGAAAACGAUUCAUACACAAAACGCACCUUUAUACGCACCAGAGAAUUCACACGGGCGAACGUCCUUUUUCCUGCUCAGAGUGCGGAAAGUGUUUCACUGGGAAAAGCGUACUUCUUACGCAUCAGAGAAUUCACACCGGCGAGCGCCCUUUUUCCUGUCCCGACUGCGGGAAGUCUUUCACUGAGAAAAGUGUGCUUCUAACACACCAGAGAAGCCACACGGGCGAGCGCCCUUUCCCUUGUUUAGAGUGCGGAAAAUGUUUUCUUCAAAAAGGAGACCUUCGUAGACAUCAGAGAACUCACACAGGGGAGCGACCGUAUUCCUGUCCGGAGUGCGGGAAGUCUUACUCUCGGAAAGCAGAACUCCGGAUACACCAGAGAAUCCACACAGGCGAUUAUCCCUUUUUGUGUACGGUUUGCGGGAAAAGUUUUAAUUACAAAGAAAAACUCCGCAGACACCAGAAAACUCACACCGGCGAGCGUCCUUUUUCGUGCCCCGACUGUGGGAAAUGUUUUAUUGAGAAAGGAAAGCUUGUUGCACACCAGAGGAGACACACGGGUGAACGUCCUUAUUCGUGUUCCGAGUGCGGGAAAUCUUUUUACGAGAAAAGGAACGUUCUUAAUCACCAGAGAACUCACGCUGGUGAAAGUGCGGGAAAUGUUUCACGCCCAAAGCAAACAUGAUACAAGAACGUGUACCUGCUUAAGCGGUUGACAACUGUUGGGUGGAAUUUAAUCAGUGGAACUGUAUAGUACCUCCAACUAGACAUGUGCACUGCCGACAAAUUCUUUUUUUUUUUUUCAUUUUCGUUUUCUUAUUUUUUUUAUGCUUUAUUCGGAAAUUCAAAAAUGUGGAAUUCGAAAAUUCAGAAAUUUGGAAUUCGAAAAAUUCGGGGAGUUCAGAAAUUGUGGAGAUGGAUUAUGGUGUGAGGUUGUUUUUUUUUACGGUUGGGUUUGGCCCCUUAGUUCCAGUGAGGCGUCACCAUUCCAAGACAUUUUGGACAACUUCAUGCUCCCAACUUUGUGGGAACAGUUUGGGGUUAGCCCUUCAUUUUCCAAUAUGACUACACACCAGUGCAAAAAGCAAGGUCCAUAAAGACAUGGAUGAGCCAGUCUGGGGUGGAGAUACUUGACUUGCCUGACCUCAACAUGAUAGAACACCUGGGAUGAAUUAGAGUGCAGACUGUGAGCCAGGACUUAUUGUCCAACAUCAGUGCCUGACCUCACAA